AUGUCAAGCAAAGCAUAUAAUAGAUUAAAUAUUAAUGAAAGUAUUGAAAAUAAUGAAAAUGAAAAUGAAAAUGAAAUUUAUCGUGAAAAUGAAGAUUUAAAUAAUAAUAAUAAUAAUAAUGAUGAAAAUAAAAAUGAAAGUGAUAAUGAUAAUGAUAAUGAUAAUAAUAAUGAUAAUAAUGAUGAUGAUGAUAAUAAUAAUAUAAAUAAUGGAAUAAUAAACAAUAAUAAUAAAAAUAAUAAUAAUAAUGAAAAUAAUAAUGAAAAUAAUGAAAUUGAAAGAAGUCAAAUUAUAUUACAACCAAUUAUUAGGAAACCAAAGAUUGAAAAGAAACAAUCAUUUUUAUCAAAAUAUUUAAAGAGUAUUAUAUAUGGUGGUAUGGAUGGGUUAGUUAGUAUUUUCGUAUCGAUAGCAGUUAGUUUUUCAAGUUCCGAUGCAAAGAUAUCAGUAUUAUUAAUUAUUGUAUUAAGUAAAUUAGUUGCUGGUGCAAUUUCAAUGGGUAUGGGUGACUAUUUGGGUACUCAAGCAGAUAUAGAUUUCGCAAGGGGUGAAAGAAAGAGAGAAGCUUGGGAAGUUGAAUAUUAUUUAGAGGGUGAAAAAAGUGAAAUGGUUGAAAUUUAUACUAAAAAAGGAAUUCCUGAAGAAGUGGCACGUGAAGUAGUCGAUAUUCUAUCCUUGAAUCCAAAAGGAUUUGUAGAUGUAAUGAUGGUUGAAGAAUUGGGUAUUAUGCCAGACGUUGAGUCUCAAACACCUUGGAAAAAUGGGUUAGUGAAUUUCACCUCUUUUGUCUUUUUUGGAAUUUUACCAUUAUUACCAUACUUGGCUUUCUUGGCAAUUGCAACCGUUGCUAAAAUUCCAUCUGAUCAACAUUUAUAUUUAUUUUUAAUUGUUAUUGGUAUAACUGCAUUAACUUUAUUUUUAAUUGGAAUAUUUAAAGCAAAAUCAACAGAUACUAAAUGGUACAAGAGUGGUGCUACAACAGUUAUUUUUGGGGUAAUUGGGGCAGCUGCUGGAUUAGGUACUGUUGAAUUAAUAAAAGUUAUUUUUCCAAAUGUGGAUAUUUCUCAAUAA